AUGUCUGCAGAAAACAACUCCAGGCUUUUAGACUGCGCUGCGAAGAAAAAGAAGUACAAAGAGGACAAAGACAAUGUUGCUUGUGAGGAGGCAAUAAUGCUCUAUCUACUGAACAAAUAUUUUACUGUUACAAUUUCUAAACCAACCAAACGGAAUUCUAUAACACUUCAAUACAUUCCAGUCAUUGUCAUUCAACAAGGCCGUGACUAUGUUGAUGUCAAAAAUUUGGUAGAAGAGAGAUGUGUGUGGCGGUCGCAGUUUGAACAAAACACGGGAGUGGAUAAACGGUCUGCUCUCAUUAGAAUACCCGCAAAUAGAGUGGUAGAAACACACAAUUAUUUACUUGACAUUUUAACCAAUUUGGGGUACCUCUUUGAUACAUACAUUUCAACACCCAAAAGUUCGUCUAUGCAAAUACAGCACAUUUCAAGAGUGUUUUAUAAUGGAGCAUUGUUGUUCCAGACAGACGAAAUCAGGAACUUCGGCACUAAAAUACACGCAACUAUAUCAGCACAACUUUACGCAUCAAAUAAACAAACUCUGUCGUUGCAACAAUACUCUAUUUCUACCAAUGAACAUCUCACUUUAUGA